UGUCUCCGCUGAGGUUACAGACAGGUGAGCCUCGAUCAGCACCCCCUGGACUCCACCAGAGAUCUCUGUCCACUGACCACAACAACCACACUCAUGCCAUUAUCUACAAAACUGAUGUCCUUCAUAGGUUGAGUGUGGAUUCAGAUCAUAUGGAAAUUGAAGAUCUUGAUGAGAAUGAAGAUCAGGUGUUUGCCAAGUUCAUGAGGGCACAUAAAUGCUACGAUAUCAUACCCACGAGUGCCAAGCUUGUGAUCUUUGACACACAGUUGAAUGUGAAGAAAGCUUUCUUUGCUCUUGUCUACAAUGGUGUACGAGCAGCGCCUCUGUGGGACAGCACCAGACAGGAUUAUGUGGGGAUGUUGACAAUCACAGAUUUUAUCCACAUCUUGAACAGAGUUUACACAACUCCGGAAGUUAGAAUGGAUGAGCUGGAGGACCAUAAGAUUCAUAACUGGAGAGAGAUGGUCAAGGAGAAACAACGAUCAUUUGUAUCUAUCAACCCUGAUGCCAGCUUGUUUGAUGCCAUCAAGACGCUGAUAGAGAGCCGGGUCCAUCGACUGCCAGUCAUUGAUGAAAAUACUGGAAAUGCUAUCUACAUUCUGACACACAAACGCAUCCUGCGCUUCCUUCAUUUAUAUAUUAAAGAACUACCCCAGCCUUCUUUCAUGAAAAAUUCAAUCAAAGACCUUGGUAUUGGAACUUUUGAGAAUGUCAUCACGGCAACUCCAGAAACUCCGCUGAUCACAGCCCUCAACAUGUUUGUGGAGCACAGGAUAUCAGCAUUACCAGUGGUCAACAGCUCAGGGCAGGUCACCAACAUCUAUGCCAAAUUUGAUGUCAUUAACCUAGCAGCAGACAAGAGUUACAAUAACCUGGAUCUCACACUUGGGGAGACACUAAAAAACAGCGAGCAUAAUGAGAAAGUUGCUUCAUGUCACAAGUGGGAGACUUUGAGCUGUGUGAUGGAGAAGAUUGUCAGAGCUGAAGUACACAGGCUGGUUGUGGUCGAUGAGGAGGAUCAUGUGGAAGGAAUUGUGUCACUCUCUGACCUGCUCAGUUACAUUGUUCUCCGCCCAAUGGCGGAAGCAGCUACUCAAGCAUCUCUGAUGGAGGCAGAAUUGAUGGUUACAGAGUCCACAGUGCUGACCUCCUGA